AGGGGGUUGUAGCUCACUUGAUGCAGAAGGACAGGAAGCGCACUGUUUUGCUUUUGCGUCGGCGUAUUAAAAAAACCCGUCUCGCAGCUGAUCUAUCCCUUUAAAGAAGCUCCAGCAGCGAGUCGCUGGGAAACGGAGGUUGUGUUCACAUCGGUCGACUGUCUUCUAUUUCUGUGCCACAAUUACGUCCGCUUUCACAAUGGAAAUGGGUUAAUGAAGAAGAAUUAGUUGUUGGUGAUGCAGGAGGAUCUUUGAUUCUGAGGUGGAGCGAAGGUUGUUUUUUUGUUUGGUUUUUUCUCUCAAUAUUUGGGCCAUAUGGAGCUGAAAUUGCUAAAUUUCAAGGACGCGCACUUGAUUAUGUUUUUUCACCCGGCGGCUGAUUUGUAUUGAAAACCCGCACUACGACGCGGAUUGUGGUGUUGUUUCAGAAAAGGACAGGCUGCACAGAACAUGCGUUUUUCUGCGCGUAAUGCUGCUGUUGGCUGCGGCGCAUGGCGGGGGCUGCUGUGAGGAUGUGAUCAGACAGGGAUCUCCGCUUUCUCGCUCCGCUGCCUCCACACAGAGUCGCUCAUGAUGCCCAGGGCUCUGCGGAGACUGGUCCAUUUGAUGCUGUUCUGCCCUCUGUCCAAAGGCCUGCAGAGUCGUCUCCCAGCCAUUAAGGUGAAGUACCUCCUCCUGGCAUGGCUGGGCAUCCUCAUCGCCAGCUGGAUCCUCUACAUGCAGUACGCCUCUUACUCCGAACUCUGCCGAGGGCACGUUUGCCAAAUGAUCAUUUGUGAUCACUACAGGAGGGGCAUAAUAUCAGGCUCGUCCUGCAAGGCAUUGUGUGAUCAGAGAAGUCUGACCCUGCAGCGCUGCAUGUCCACCUCCUCUACACACCAGGUGUACAUAGGGCUGUGGAAGGAGAGGCCUGUUGUGAUCAAGUGCGGCAUUGAUGAUCCAGUGAAAAUUGAUGGAGCUCCAGACUCUGUGCUGCGGCAGGAGAUGAGCUUAUUUGACAAACCCACUCGUGGGACCUCUAUGGAUGAAUUUAAAGAGAUGCUGCACAGUUUCCUCAAGGCUAACCUCGGUGAACAGCCGUCCUUGAGCACCUUGGUGGACAGGGUCAUUACUCUGGCUGACGUCAACCAGGACGGCAAAGUGUCUCUUGCAGAGGCCAAGUCCAUCUGGGCUCUCCUCCAGAUCAACGAGUUCCUCCUGAUGGUGGCGCUGCAGGAGAAGGAGCACACCCCCAAGCUGCUGGGUUUCUGUGGAGACUUGUAUGUGACAGAACGCGUGGGCCACAGCUCCCUCUACAGGCUGGAGGUGCCUCAUUACCUGCAGGCUCUCGUCCCAGAGGCCCUGAGCUCCAGCCUGAACCACUGGCUGGCCCCCGCCUGGCCCCGCAGGGCUCGCAUCACCAUCGGCCUGCUGGAGUUCGUGGAAGAGGUUUUCCACGGGUCUUAUGGGAGCUUCCUGAUAUGCGAUGCCAAUCCUCACCACGUGGGCUACAACGCAAAGUACGACUGCAAGAUGGCCAACCUGCGCAGCGUGGCGUCAGAGGCUGUGGUGCGAGGAUUCCUGAAGGGACGGCGGUGUGAGACCAACGCCGACUGCACUUAUGGCCGGGACUGCACGGCGACAUGUGACCGGCUGGUGAAGCAGUGCAAUACUGAGGUUGUGCAGCCCAAUCUGGCAAAAGUGUGUGUGCUGUUGCAGGAUUUUCUGCUCUUUGGAGCACCGUCGGACCUCCGCGGGGAUCUGGAGAAGCAGCUACGCACCUGCGUGACACUCAGCGGUUUGGCAAGUCAAAUGGAAGUCCACCACUCACUAGUCCUUAACAACCUGAAGACACUGCUGUGGAAGAAAAUCUCUAACACUCAGUACUCCUGAAAACAUUAUCUAACCCCCUCCUCUAGAAUAUGAGUGAAUAAUUACAUAAACACGGACAAUUUUUGCUCAUGAAGCAUUGCCAAAUAUUUUAGAGAGUUGUGGUUAUUCAUGUAUUUCCACUCUUCCGUGGCUGUGAACAACAAGAAAACUGUGAACUGUUACAUACACAAUGUGAAACAGGAGAUCAAGCAGGUUUAAAACUCUUACAAUCUGUUUUAAGCCCCAUCGUGUUUUCGCUUUUCAAUGCAUUCUGUCGACAAGAACAUCCAUCUGUUUGCACAUAAUAUUCUCAGGACACUGCCUAUAACUUUAUUUGUAAAGUUAUGUAUGUAAAUAAUUAGUUUUUAAAAUAUAGCAACCAACAUAUUGGAUUAUUUUGGGUUUCAUAGAAUACUCUUGUCUGUCCCCAGUAGAGACACUGUGAUGGGAUGUGAUAGUUUUUGUACAACUGUAAAUACUAGUAGAACAUUGCUGUUUUCUAUGUAUAAAUUAAUUAGCAUCUGAAGCAGAGUUGAUAUACAGUAAUGAUGGAAUAAUGGACGCACACCCUAACACUGAAAUGUCCCUGCUGGUGUGGAUCUGAUAAUAAUAAUGUAUUCAAAGUGGACUGGAGAUGUACAUCCAUAACACAAGAUUAAACCUGAAUGAACUUCUUAUCUAUGAAUAAACUGAAGUUGGUUCGGAGUUUUCA